CCGGGGCGCUGCUCUCCGUCGCCCUCAGUAGUUCUUCCUGCUCGGGGGUUUCCUCCGGAUUCAAACACCGACAUCCACACGACGCGCAGAGAGAGACGCAGCUCGAAGUUUCCCCCUGCAGGUCACAGCGGAGGGCCAUGGCUCGCGGGCACCAGAAGAUUCAGUCCCAGCAGAAGAACGCCAAGAAGGCAGCGGAGAAGAAGAAAGGUCAGGCCGCCGACCAGAAGUCUGCGGCUAUGGCGGCGCUGAUCCACACCUGCCCAGUCUGCCGGAGUCAAAUGCCCGACCCCAAGACCUUCAAGCAGCACUUUGAGAGCAAACACCCGAAGUGUCCGAUGCCUCCGGAGCUGGUCGACGUUCAGGCUUAAGGAGCCGUCGCCUGCAGCCGACCUGAACCCGGAUACACGCUGACCACGGACUUGAGCUGCUGCACCCGAAGGAUGUGGACGAACACCGGGACCAGUCAGGACUCGUGGACAUGGGGACGGAUGGAGGGAGGG